ACAUAGCAUAGCAGGAUACACCUUAAAGAACAAUUAUAAACCAUGGAAUUCUUGUCCACCUUCUACGCCGCCGUAGCCUUUGCCCUCUCUCUCCUUUUCUGCUACUCCAAACUCCGCCGCAAAUCAGCUGAUAACCUAAAGCAUGCUGCACUCAGAGCUCCGCCGGAAGCCGGCGGCGCACGCCUCCUGACUGGCCACCUCCACCUCCUGACCUCCUCCACCAAUCUCCCUCACUUCAACCUAGCCGACGUAGCCGACCGCCACGGCCCGAUCUUCACGAUCCGCCUCGGCGUGCGCCGUGCCGUCGUCGUCAGCAGCCCGGACCUCACGAGGGAGCUCUUCACCGCCUGCGACGCCGCCGUGUCGUCGCGCCCCCUGCUGCGAUCCACCAAGCACCUGAGCUACGACCUCGCCAUGUUCGGGUUCGCCCCGUACGGCCCCUACUGGCGCGAGAUACGCAAGCUCGUGUCGGCAGAGCUUCUAUCAGCGCGCCGUCUCGAGCUGCAGCAGAGCGUGCGAGUCUCGGAGACCGCGCACUUCGUGAAGAAGCUUUAUGAGACCUGGGAGGAGGAGGGGAGGAGCGAGAGCGGGUCGAAUCACGUGCUGGUGGACAUGAAGCGGUGGUUUGGGGAGCUGAGCUUGAACGUGGUGACGAGGGUGGUGGCGGGGAGGAGGCUCGGUGAUGAUACGGAGGAGGCGAUGCAGUGUCGGAAGGUGAUGAGGGAGUUUUUUUACUUGUCGGGGGUGUUUGUGCCGGCGGAUGCGCUGCCAUGGCUCAGGUGGCUGGAUAUAGGUGGAUAUGAGAAGAAAAUGAAACAAACGGCUAAGGAUUUCGAUAGAAUUGUCGGAGACUGGGUGGCGGACCGUCGGGAUAAGGACUAUUCCGGAGAGAGUAAGGCGCAGAAUUUCAUAGAUGUUAUGCUCUCUGUUUUGAAGGGUGCGAAUCUUCAACAUGAUGUGCUUACAGUCAUCAAAUCUACGUGCCUGGUUUUAAUUGCUGGUGGAACUGACACAACUACGGUUGUACUAGUAUGGGCCCUCUCCCUUCUCUUGAACAAUCGUCCCAUCUUGAAGAAGGCUCAAGAUGAACUAGACAAACAUGUUGGAAAAGAAAGACGAGUGGAAGAAUCAGAUAUAAAGAAUUUGCCGUAUCUUGCAGCCAUAAUCAAAGAGACUAUGAGGCUGUACCCUGCAGGCCCCUUAGGCGGGAUACGCGAGUUCACGAAAGAUUGCGAUGUGGGUGGCUACCAUGUGUCCAAAGGGACGUGGCUGAUCGUGAACGUCUGGAAGUUGCACCGCGAUCCACAAUUGUGGGCGGAGGACCCCUUGGAGUUUAGGCCCGAACGAUUUCUUGAUAUUGACCACAAAAGUAUAGAUGUGAAAGGCCAGAAUUUCGAGUUCAUUCCAUUUGGCGCGGGCAGGAGGAUAUGCCCCGGGGCUAACUUUGGGAUGCAUAUGUUGCAUUUGGUGUUGGCUAACUUAUUGCAUGCUUUUGAGGUUUCAACGGUUGGGGAUGAAGAGGUUGAUAUGAGUGAGAGUGUUGGAUUAACUAACCUUAAAGCCACACCACUUGAUGUUCUCAUAGCCCCAAGGUUAUCACCAAAUUUAUAUUGAGUAAAAAUGUUGUUAUAUUUGUUUUCCUUUCAGUUUCAAUGAAUGUAAUCUAUGUAUGGAUGUUGGUAUGAUAAAAAAGUUGUAAUAUAUAGUAUUAUGGUUAUUGGCCCAUA